ACAACCAACAGAAAGAGUCUGAUCUUGACAACCACAUCCCCCACUCUGCCCCGACCACACUCACCUCUACCUCUCCCAGGACACCUUGGAAGCAGCCCACUGGACAGUCCGAGAAACUUCUCUCCAAGCAACCCUGCUCACUUCUCCUUUGCCUCUUCCAGAAGAGCUGAUGGACGGCGUUGGUCUUUAGCGUCUUUGCCUUCGUCUGGUUAUGGCACAAACACUCCCAGUUCAACGUCGUCCAGCUCUUCGCAGGAGCGACUGCACCAGCUGCCCUUCCAGCCCACCAUGGAUGAGCUUCAUUUCUUGUCCAAGCAUUUUGGCAGCACGGAAAGCAUCACUGAUGAUGAUGGUGGACGCUCCUCUCCACAUGCUCGCCCACGCUCCCGCAGUCUCAGCCCAGGACGCUCCUCUUCAUGCUAUGAUAACGAGAUACUCAUGAUGAACCAUGUGUACAAGGAUCGCUUUCCAAAGGCCACCGCACAGAUGGAAGGGAAGCUUGCAGAGUUCAUUCACGCUUACUCUCCUGAAAAUGUUCUCCCGCUGGCCGACGGAGUCCUCAGCUUCAUCCACCACCAAAUCGCCGAGCUCUCAAGGGACUGCCUGACGAAAUCCUGCGAGGGACUCAUCACAUCUGUCUACUUCUUUGAGCUGCAGGAAAACCUGGAGAAGCUCCUUCAUGACGCCUUUGAACGUUCUGAGAGCUCCGAGGUGGCUUUUGUCACAGAGUUGGUGAAAAAGCUUCUCAUCAUCAUUUCCCGGCCUGCUAGGCUCUUGGAGUGUCUGGAAUUCAACCCUGAGGAGUUCUACCACCUGCUGGAGGCAGCGGAGGAUGUUGCGAAGGAGGGUCACCUGAUGAAAACUGACAUCCCUCGUUAUAUCGUCAGCCAGUUAGGACUCACCAGAGAUCCAAUUGAAGAGAUGGUCAACCUUGAUAGUUAUGACAGCGAAGGACCCCUGACACCUGAAACAGAUGAUUCGACCGAGGGUAAAAUUAGAGCAAUGAAACCACCAGGUGAAGCAGACUUCCAGACCAUCAAACUCAUUAGCCAUGGAGCAUAUGGUGCUGUGUAUUUGGUACGACACCUGGAGACACGACAGCGUUUUGCCAUGAAGAAAAUUAACAAGCAAAACCUGAUCUUAAGGAACCAAAUCCAACAGGCCUUUGUCGAGAGAGACAUCCUCACAUUUGCUGAGAACCCCUUUGUGGUGUCAAUGUUUUGUUCCUUUGAGACCCGUCGGCACCUGUGUAUGGUCAUGGAAUAUGUCGAAGGGGGAGACUGUGCUACUCUGCUGAAAAACAUUGGGGCUUUGCCAGUGGAAAUGGCUAGGAUGUACUUUGCUGAAACCGUCCUUGCUCUUGAGUACUUACACAACUAUGGCAUUGUCCACCGCGACCUCAAGCCUGAUAACCUUCUAAUAACAUCAAUGGGCCACAUCAAGCUUACCGACUUCGGCCUUUCUAAAAUGGGCUUGAUGAGUCUGACUACUAACCUGUAUGAAGGACACAUUGAGAAGGACACUCGUGAGUUCUUGGAUAAACAGGUGUGUGGAACUCCAGAGUAUAUUGCUCCUGAGGUAAUUCUUCGUCAAGGUUACGGAAAGCCAGUGGACUGGUGGGCUAUGGGUAUCAUCUUGUAUGAGUUCUUGGUGGGCUGUGUGCCUUUCUUUGGAGACACUCCGGAGGAGCUGUUUGGACAGGUCAUAUCAGAUGACAUUGUAUGGCCUGAAGGUGAUGAGGCGCUCCCUGUCGAUGCCCAACAUCUCAUCUCGUCUCUUUUACAAACAAAUCCACUUGUUCGACUAGGAACAGGGGGUGCUUUUGAAGUGAAGCAGCACUCCUUUUUCACAGAGGUGAACUGGAACAGCUUGCUGAGACAAAAGGCUGAGUUCAUCCCUCACCUGGAGUCAGAGGAGGACACUAGUUAUUUUGACACACGAUCUGAGCGCUACCAUCAUGUGCACUCAUAUGAGGAAGACGAUACCAAUGAUGAUGAGCCCGUGGAGUUGCAUCGCUUUUCUUCAUGUUCGCCCCGCUUUAGCAAGGUGUACAGCAGUAUGGAGCAUCUAUCACAGCUGGAGCAUAAACCACCAAGUGUAACUUUACGGGAGCACAAAGUUCCAAGAGAGGACCGAAUGGCCAAGAGAGAAAGCCUGGGUAGUUUUACGCUCAGGGACAAGAACUGGAGGACCGGAUCCCCUGAGAUGAAGCGUUUGUCCUGCUCUGAGUCUUCAUUCACUGAGAGUGACUACAGUCCUCCAUCUGGGGCCCGAAGGCGGUUCUCCGCCCUCAUGGACACACAUCGCUUGGCCUCACCUCUAGAAGUCGAUUCUGAACAGUCACUAUCCAGGGGCCAGCCACAAGUGAAGGUCAGGGGAACGUCUCUGGAAGGGGCCAUCGGUGCCAUCUCCUCUCAAGGCGACCUGAGGACAUACCUUAAAGAAAGCAAUGGGUUCACAGCUGGAGCAGCCAGCGCUACUGUUCUGGGACUUCCAGAGCCACAAGGGCCCAGAGGAGCCACAACAGACUUGGUGCUGAGGAGAGUUCGGCACCAGCAGCUGUCCGCCGAAGGAGAAAAAAGGAACUCUCGCCCAGGCAAUAAAGUUAUCAAAUCUGCUUCUGCUACUGCUUUAUCUGUCAUCAUUCCUGCAGUCGAACAACAUGGUGCCUCUCCCCUAGCGAGUCCCAUGUCUCCCCGCUCUCUGUCGUCCAACCCCUCGUCUCGAGACUCAUCUCCCAGUAGAGACUACUGUCCGGUUGUAAACAUCAUGCAUUCCCCAAUUACAAUCCACCGCUCUGGGAAGAAGUACGGUUUUACUCUCCGAGCAAUAAGAGUCUACAUAGGAGACAGUGAUGUCUACAGCGUACACCACAUGGUCUGGCAUGUGGAGGAUGGAGGCCCCGCCCAAGAGGCUGGACUUAAUGCUGGUGAUCUCAUCACUCACGUAAAUGGGGAGUCCGUUCACGGUCUUGUCCAUACAGAGGUUGUGGAGCUCAUCCUGAAGAGUGGAAACAAGGUGACCGUCACAACGACUCCCUUUGAGAACACCUCUAUAAAAGUAGGACCUGCACGCAAGACCAGCUAUAAAUGCAAAAUGGCACGACGCAGCAAAAGGCCAGGAGCCAAAGAGGGGCAAGAUAAGAAGCGCAGCUCCCUGUUCAGAAAAAUAACCAAGCAGUCCAAUUUGCUCCACACCAGUCGAAGCCUCUCCUCUUUGAAUCGUUCCCUAUCAUCUGGAGACAGUCUACCCGGAUCUCCUACCCACAGCUUUUGUGCCCGCUCACCCACUCAGAGUUAUCGAUCCACUCUGGAAACACCUUACGUGGGCACUUCCUCACAGAGCAGCUCCACAGCAUCAAGCACCCCCAACUCCCCAGCCACAACCCACCACAUGAGGCCCAGCUCUCUGCAUGGGCUUUCGCCUAAACUUCAUCGCCAAUACCGCUCGGCUCGCUGUAAAUCUGCUGGCAACAUCCCCUUAUCGCCUUUAGCACACACACCCUCUCCCACCACGUCUUCCCCUCCACCUCUGAGCGGCCACACGGUAGGUAGCUCCAACACCACACAGAUGUUCCCCGUAAAGCUACACUCGUCACCACCCGUUGCCCGUCCUCGUCCCAAGAGCGCAGAACCACCCAGAUCCCCACUUCUGCAACGAGUGCAAUCCGCAGAGAAGCUCGGAGCGCCUGUUCUCCCGUCCUCCUCAUCUUCAUCCUCAUCACCUUCUCCUCUGACGGGAGGGGUGUGCUUACGCAAGCACAGUCUGGAGGUCACCCAUGGAGACUACAGGAGAGAGUCCUUCCACUGUGAGCACAGCCUACAGAGUCUGCUCGAGAUGGAGGGAGAGAAUGGACCUGCUCCACCUUCCCCUUCUUCAUCUUCCUCCCCAUCUCCACCUUUGGGAGGGGAAACCAGUAGUUUGAAGCCUGUCAGAAGACUUGGAAGGCAGGAAUCACCACUCAGCCGUGACACAGUGUUACCGGUGAUGGAAAAAGAUACGCAAACCACGACAUCUGAUCUCACUGGGUGCGAUACUGAGACCAAAACAACAAAAAAUGAAUCUGGCCCCGACCCAAAUAAGACAUUAUCCUCCUCUGAGGUUCCACAGAGUUCAGCUGCAAUUGAGACGACCUCUUCUCCAGUCGUACCCACUGAGACCAAAUCAAAACAAGGGGUCAGACCUCCAAAUACAACAAAUGUUGCAACUUCUGAAGUUACUGUCUCUAAGAGCAAACCUUGUGAGAAAGUCUCCACUCCAGGGAUAACAAAGUGCCUCCAACCACAAGAGCGAAAGCAGAAGGAUGCUCAGAUAGACAGCAUAUCUUCAACUAAAGCUUUGGGAUGUGCCGAAGACAAAACCAAAAGUGCAGAGAAAAGUGCUUGUCGCAAAGGAUCAACAACAGAGUCAAACAAACCUCGUAAAGGCACAGAGACUGUUGAGAAAGAGAGCAUUGGUGGUGAUAAAAAAAGUGAGAUGACCAAGAUUAAAAGUCCUGCACCCCCAUUACCAACCCCAGCGCAAGUCCAAAGUACAGGAAAUGUACCAAUUGCAGUCAGCUCCAAAGUAGAAAGACCGUCAAAGAACCACCGCGGAGUGAAGGAGGAUAGGGCGCGCCUGGAAGUGUUGGAAGAAAACCCCAUGUCCCCUUCUUCUAAUGCAUCCUCACCUUGUUCCAGCAAACCACGCACCAUGUCCCCCGGGGAUCGAGCCAGCUUCGUCACGCAGCUCACAAGCGUCGCCAAAACAGUACUGGGGCCAAUGAAAGGAGGGUCGCAAGACAUUUCCAAGGUCAAGGAUACCAAUAAGGCAAGUGAGGAAAAACGAGGCAGCACAAUGGGAAGAGCGGAAGCUUCAGGUGGGAUCGGACGACGUGGGGCUCAUACAACAUCUGCUGGCAGUGCUCUCCAAUUGGAUAAAGGAAACAGUCGGAGUUCAAAACAUCAUUCAUAA